AUGGCAGUACCUAUUGCGGUUCUUGACUGCGACCUCUUGCUCUACGGCCGUGGACACAGGACUUUGGAUCGCUUCAAGCUGGAGGAUGUCACGGAUGAGUAUCUAGUAUCCACGUACGGCUUUCCCCGACAGUUCAUCUACUACCUGGUGGAUCUCCUGGGAGCGAGUCUCUCUCGCCCUACACAGCGGUCCAGGGCCAUCAGUCCAGAGACACAGAUCCUUGCUGCAUUGGGUUUCUAUACCUCCGGCUCCUUCCAGACUCGCAUGGGGGAUGCUAUUGGCAUUAGCCAAGCCUCCAUGAGCCGCUGCGUUGCCAACGUAACUGAGGCAUUGGUGGAAAGAGCCUCACAGUUCAUUCACUUUCCUGAGGAUGAAGCUACUGUCCAGCGCCUGAAGGAUGACUUUUAUGGGCUGGCAGGCAUGCCGGGAGUGCUGGGGGUGGUUGACUGCACCCACGUCGCAAUCAAAGCACCAAAUGCUGAGGACCUGUCCUAUGUGAACAGAAAGGGACUUCAUUCUCUGAACUGCCUGAUGGUGUGUGAUGCCAGAGGAGUCCUCCUGAGCGCAGAAACACACUGGCCAGGCAGCCUGCCCGACUGCACUGUGUUACAGCAGGCAGCCCUGACAAGGCAGUUUGAGACUGAGCUACAUAAAAAUGGCUGGCUACUUGGUAAGUCUAUUUUUUAUUGUUGUUCUCUGUGA